CUCCUCCUGCUGCCGGGCCUCCAAUGGGGCCCUUCAAGGCUGCUCCGAGCGCCGUGGUUGGCUAGGGCUUGCGGGGAGGGAUCGCCGGGAUGGCUGAAAGAAGCGGCUUCCUCUCCCGGAGCUCUGACUUGUUGCUUGGGUCGCUGCCCCGAAGAUGCAGCUGGAGCUCAGCCAGUGGAACGGAGCGCUGAGCCUGGGCGAGGCGGAAGAAAAACCGGCGCAUCCCCUGCGAGUGUGCUACGGGGCCCUGGAGAUCGAGGGACUGGGCCAGGUGCUCACCCCGACCCAGGUACAGAACUGUCCAACGUCCAUUGCAUGGAAUGGCUGUGACCCACAGAAGCUCUAUUCCUUGAUCCUCACGGACCUGGAUGUUCCAAGCAGGGGGAACCCAGAGCUCAGAGAAUGGCACCAUUUCCUGGUGACCAACAUGAAGGGCAACGACAUCAGCAGUGGAUGUGUCCUGUCAGAGUAUGUUGGAUCAGCACCUGCCAAAGACACAGGACUUCAUCGCUAUGUAUGGUUGGUCUAUGAGCAGCCCCAGCAAUUGACCUGCGAUGAACCCGUCUUGAAUAACAUCUCUGCUGCCAAGCGGGAGAAUUUCAGAGCCGUGUCUUUCCGCAAAAAGUACAACCUGGGCCCUCCUGUGGCAGGCGUGUGCUACCAGGCAGAGUGGGAUACCACCGUACCAAAGAUCUAUGAGCAGCUGAAUGUAAAAUAGAUGACAGCCUAGAAUUUGGAUCCUACCUGGCUGCAACUGAUCCACUUGCAGUUGUUUGUCUCUGUGUGUGUCAAUGCUCCACCAUGUACAAUAUACCCAAUGAACACUGCUAGCAGCACAGGAAAGAUUUCUAUCCCCUUAUUCCCUAUUUUGCAACUGGAAGUGCAUUCAGAUGACGUUAGUGAACAGACAUGGAUUUGGUGUAUAUACAUCUUUUAGACCCUGCCUGUUUCUACAAUGAGCAUGCAAACAGGAUUUUUUUUUCAAAAAAAUUGGAUUCCUAAAUUUUAGAAUAACCCACUUCUCUGGCAAUUUGGUUUGCCAAAUGUACAAAACCAAUUAUCCAAGAAGUGUUACUUACAUUGCAGGGUUGGUUGAAGAAUGCAGAACGUAGAAAGUCAACAACUUGGAGGAAAAAAAUGUCUUCUUUUAAUGAGCUUAAUAGGAUGUUAUUUAUCAGGUGAUCUUAUUUACCUCUGUGCAGUGAAAAGCUUCAACUGCUCAUUAAGGCUCUGUUAAAGGGACAAUACACUUUUUCUCUAGAUUGUUGGCAAUCCUGUUGGUAUUGUCUGUGCUGAUUGGCAGAAAUUCUCCAGGGUCUCAGACAGAGGGGAACCUUUCCUAAGCAGGCUGAGCUUAAAUGCUGGGGUUUGAACCUAGGAUCUUUUGCAUGUAACAUGUGUACUGCCUUUGAGCCACUGGCUUACAAAAAGGAAAAAGGACACCCUUAGCACUCUUCCAGUUGGCAAAAAUGUGUUUUUGUCUGGCGAGCUGGAGUCAGGUUCAGUAGCAAAGCCCACAAAAGCUGUAUGUUCAGCCCCUCCUCUCUUCUGUAAUAGGAGCCCAUGUAGCUGCUUUCACACGCAUUGAAUAAUGCAUUUUAGUAAUCAUUUGCAAGUGGAUUUUCCCAUGCAAAAACAGGAGAAUCCACUAGUGAGUGAUCACUAAAGUUCAUUAGAAGUGCAUUAUUCAAUUUGUGGGAAAGCAUUAUUGUUAAUGGGAAUUGUGGGUCCACAGUUUCCAGCCUAUGCCUAUCAACUUUUCAAAAACUGUCUGUAAUCAGCCUCUGAAUUCUAACAUGGUAUAGUAAGAUUUUAUGUACUGAAAAACUAUUUUCCAUUUUUAAAUA